UUCAGUCUGGCACAGGUGUACCGGCUCCUCCCAUUCAGUCUGGCACAGGUGUACCGGCUCCUCCCCUUCAGUCUUGCACAGGUGUACCGGCUCCUCCCCUUCAGUCUGGCACAGGUGUACCGGCUCCUCCCCUUCAGUCUGGCACAGGUGUACCGGCUCCUCCCCUUCAGUCUGGCACAGGUGUACCGGCUCCUCCCCUUCAGUCUGGCACAGGUGUACCGGCUCCUCCCCUUCAGUCUGGCACAGGUGUACCGGCUCCUCCCCUUCAGUCUGGCACAGGUGUACCCACUCCAGUCUGGCACAGGUUACCAGCCCCUCCCCUUCAGUCUGGCACAGUGUGUACCGGCUCCUCCCAUUCAGUCUAGCACAGGUGUACCGGCUCCU